AUGCUGCUCCAUCGGAGUAACGCCAUCUGCCUAUCUUCCUCGCUGUCGGCGUGGUGCAGCGCUGCCUUGUUUACUCGCCGCCUCGCGCACACAGCGCCUGCGAUAGGCAGCGUCUCCUCUUCUUCCGUCCGCACGCGUCACAACACGUUUACCGCUCCGCCGAGUGUCGGGCCUGGUCGGAAGGACACGGAGGAGGCGAACCCGUACAAGUCAUGGGAACACAUCAAUCACACGUGGCUAAUCUUGAUGUGUGUUGCCUGCCUCUGCGCUGGCUGGCUAGCGGGGCGUUUUGUUGAAGUGGACGAGUCGAAGAUAAAGCCGAAGUACGCUAAAGAGGAUGUGGUAGCAUCUGCGUGCAAGCAGUUUGAGUUCCGCCCUGAUUUGGCGGCGACGAGCAUUCGCGUCGCGUUUGUGUUGGCGGCGCGUCGUGCCGGGUUUCCAGCCAACACGGUCGACGAGUCAUGCGCAGUGGUGCAGGGGCUAAACGACGUGGCGGGGGUCAUGAACUACCUGUCGAACACGUAUCCCACCUCCUCCAUGGAAGAUGUCGCCUCGCUCGCUGCGAUUGCCGGCAUCAAGUACCUGAGCGGCCCCUACGAGGCAAUCCUGGAUCAGUGGAAGUGGGGCCGCGACGACAGCGACGCGACUCCCAAGCGCAACAUUCCAAAGGACCCAAGUCAGAAACUCUUCUCGAUUAUGGCGAUACUGCAUGCCCUCGGUGGCCUCACCGAGGCGGAGUGUGUGGCGCUGCUCGCCUGCCACAGCGUCGGCGAGUUCCACGAAGACGUGAGCGGCCUCGAUAGCGCCACGCACAUUGGAAAGCGCUACGUACUCAGCAACCGCUAUUACCAGUUUCUGCUUGAGCAGGAGAAAGCCUUCGCCCCGCUGACGGUGGCGCGGACCCAAGACAACAAGGAGGUGACGACGCUGCCACAGACUUUUAAGCACGUCUACGUCAAGGAAAAUGUAAGCGGCAAGACAAAGAAGCGGCAAUGUGUUGUGAACGCCUCGGAGCUGGAGUUACUACAGAACAAAACUUGGCGGGAGCUUGUCGUUCGCUACGCUGCGGACGAGGAGCUGUGGCGGAAGCAGUUUCAGUCGGCUUUCACGAAGAUGAUCGAGAGCAACUUCAAACGACUCCGUUUGUACUCAGACCCGAACUCUGCUUAA